AAUUUCCAAAAAUGAGAUCUUCAACAGCAGUGAGACAAUUAACACCUAUCCAAUGAAUAUUACAGGAAACCUGAAGGAGAAAAACUGCACCACUCUGUUUUUCAAUUUAACCACAACUUAUACAAACACAUACUACUUCAGAAUUAUGAACUGGCCGUACAGAGCAACAGCAGCUUGUGAUCCUCUUAAAAUAACAAUUAAAGAUUCUCCUUGGAGGCCCAAUAUUACAGUCGAAGGUGAUCUGAAGGAGAAGGAGUCUGUCACUAUAACCUGCUCAGCUCUCACUCCCUGUCCACACUCCCCUCCUCAACUCACCUGGAAUCUCCAACAAGACUCUCACAACAAAACAGAGGAAAACACAGAUGGAAGCUUUACAACUAAAAUCCAGCAGACCAUCACUCUGUCAGACACACAUGAUGGAAAGAAGAUCAGCUGCUCUGCCAGAUAUCCUGUGAACCAAGGAAAGGACACCAAGACAGCAGAGACAGAAGAGACUCUCAGUGUUUCAUAUGUUCCUAAAAACACCUCAGCAUCCAUCAGUCCAUCAGGUUUGGUGUCAGCAGGCAGCUGGGUGAACCUGACCUGCUCCAGCAGAGCCAAACCUCCAGUCAGCAGCUUCACCUGGUUCAAGAAGAGCAGAGAUGGAGCUGUGAAAGUAUCUGAAGGAGAGAUUUACAGCUUCAAUGUAACAGAUGGAGGAGUUUAUUACUGUGUGGCCACUAAUGAUCUGGGUAAUCAGACAUCAGCAGAGAUUCAUGUGACUGUUGCAGGACAUCAGAAUAGUGGUUCUUUACCACUGAGUCUACUUCUUGGAGGCAUCCUUGGGUUCAUCUUACUGAUCUGUUUGAUUAUCUUUGCUUUCACAGCUCUCAGGUUGUUAAAGUACCAAACUCAGCAAGAGACUCAGAGUCAAACAAGUGAAGAGCUGGUUGUUGAAGAGCCGACAAGUAAAACAGAAGGAGGGGAAGAAAACAUCCAUUAUGGAGAGAUCAACUUCUCUGUGCUGGGAUAUGAAGCAUCCUCUGUCUCAGUGCAGGACACAGGACAGCAGCAGGAUACGGUGUACGCACAGGUGAAAGUCAACAAGCCAAAAAACGGCUUAACACAGAGAGCUCAUGGCCAAGAGGAACUCUACGCUGAGGUCAGAAAAAGUGAGAACAGCUGUGUUAAGACAUUAACAAAGAAAUACAGAGAUCAAUGAAGUAAACCCAACAAACCACUUCCUGCACAUUUUGGGGGGUUUUCUGCUUUCCUUUAAAACUUCAUUUAGCUGCUUUCAUAUCUGUCUCACUAGUGGAAUAAAGUUUUUCUAAGAUUUCUGGAAACAUCACUGGAUCAGAAACAUCACCAGCAUGAUGUUGAGAGUUCACCUGUAAAGUGAUAAUCUGACCAGCUCUCAUUAAGGUUGCCAGUCAGAUACUUCCAGAUCACCUCACUUCAUUA